AAUGUGAGACGUGUCACUUGCAAUGUUUACUGUUUCAAAGAAAGUUUAUAUACAAACAUUGGUUGCUCAGCAACGUUCCCAGUUGACAGUGUCGCAUUUGGAUCAUUCAAAAUACAUAAAUUUUGGCUAUGGCAACUAAGUUUGUACCCGUCGAGCAGCUGGUGGUGGAAGCAAAAAAAAUUUUCAAAGAACAAUUUGGUGAAGAAGCAAAUAUCGCAGUAUUUGCUCCCGGUAGAGUGAACUUGAUCGGUGAACAUACCGACUAUAACGAUGGAUUUGUUAUGCCUAUGGCACUUCCGUUGGUGACUGUAAUGGUAGGCAAAAAAGUUGAUGGAUCUGAAGUAACUAUAUAUACAACUAGUAAAUUUUGCGACCAAAAAACAACAUUUGAUCUGCCUAGUCCAUGUGCUCCAAUCAGAGCCAUAAGUCCCGUGGGGCCCAAAUGGGUGAUGUACGUAAAAGGAGUGAUUGUAAACUAUGUAGGCGAUAUUCCCCCUGCUUUUAAUGCUGUUGUACAUACUAAUGUACCAAUAGGUGGCGGCCUCUCCAGCAGCGCAUCCUUGGAAGUAGCUACUUACGUAUUUUUAGAUCAAUUAACUGGAACCAAAGCAAUAGGAAUCACUGAUAAGGCUUUGGCUUGUCAAAAAGCAGAACACGACUACGCUGGUAUGCCUUGUGGUAUUAUGGAUCAGUUUAUAUCAUUCAUGGGUAAACAAGACCAUGCUCUAUUAAUAGACUGCAGGCAUUUAACAUCACAUUUGAUCCCAUUAACAGAACAAAAUGUAUUAGUCCUUAUCACAAAUUCAAACGUAAAACACGAACUUACUGGCAGUGAAUAUCCUACUAGGAGAAAACAAUGCGAGGAAGCGGCUCUCUUACUUAAAAAAGUUAGCUUAAGGGAUGCCAAUUUGGAUGAUAUUAAAUAUUUAGAAUCAAUAAAUACAAACAAAGAAAUCGUUGCGAGGGCGAGGCAUGUAAUUACAGAAAUUAAAAGAACAUCCGAUGCUGCUGAGAUGUUAAAACAGAAAAAUUUCCUAAAAUUCGGCGAACUGAUGAAUCAAAGUCACAUCUCGCUUAGAGACGACUACCAAGUGUCUUGCCCAGAAUUAGACAGUCUUGUAGAGCUAGCCCUAGAGGUCGACGGAGUUAUAGGAAGUAGAAUGACAGGAGGAGGAUUUGGUGGAUGCACCGUCACUUUGGUUUACUCCCAUGCUAUUGAGAAAGUUAUAGAAAACAUACAGAAGAAAUACCAAGGCAACGCCACCUUCUACGUGUGUAAACCAAGUGCUGGUGCCUCAGUGAUAUCCUGAUCAUAUAUUACUAUGUUAGUUUAAAUAUGAUAAAGGACAAAUAAAAAACAUUCCUUUUUUACUUAAAACGAUUUUAAUUGUACAAAAUAUUUUUGUUACAAAUAAAAGAGAUAUUUGUU